AUGGGUCCUAAUGAGUGCGCAUGCACUCAUACCCCGCAGGAUCACACAACUGUGGCCCUUCCACCUCGUCGAUGUGCAUCUGGCACCUAUUUCUCUACGAAUGAAAAUCCGGCCACAUAUCGAUCCAUGUGUGCACUCUGUAAUGGAGCGUAUUACGUCCAUGUCCCUACUCCCACUCAAGCGCCCAUCACCCCAACUAUCCGCUCUGGUUAUGAUUCGACCAUGGCAAAUUCAUCAAGUUCUUCAUCUGGCAGUCCGGCACUUGCCCGGUACAUUCAUCCUCCUCCAUCACCACUUUCCAGUAGCACUGGAGCACCGCCGACAACUCCUGCACCUCUGACCCUUCGACUGUGGAGUCCUCCCCAUGCACCUGCAUCUGGAACUACAAAUGACCACCGGCGUGCCCCCCAUGGGGUAUCAGCAUCUCCGCUGACAUCAGUGCCAAUAAUCUCUUCCCGGGCAGGCAGGUCUGGACCGUCUGGCAACUCAACCAGAUCAUCCACUGCUCCCAGGAGACAAUUGACUCAGCGCACCACUCAAUCCAUCAAGUACUUGGUGGUCAUCCACCCUGAGCCGGUGUAUGGAACGGUCACAACAGACUUUGAUCGGCUGUUUCGUGAACUCCGGUGCCCUGUGCCUCAAAAGAUUGGCUCCUUUUUACGCCAGGCCGAGUCCCUGCGACUCUCAUUCAAGUUUGAAGUGACGGCGCGCUCAGACGAAUUGGCAGGACCUAUUUUCGAUACUCAGUUGACCAACCAUUUGGAUGGCAAGGGGUUUGUGUUUUCCCGCCCUCACAGCGCACCCAAUACCAACACUGUCACAAUGUCUCAAUACACCUGGUCGUUCCUUAUGACUGGAAAAAGUCAGCGAUCAGCAUUGGGCGCUAAACUCACCUCAUCUCGGAAGUCUGCUGAAGAUGUCACUCACAAAGACUUGGCCGCAAAUGCUGACAAACUCCCUGUACCGUCACCUCAUCAUGAUCACCGCAUGGUGUUUGUUGUUCCUCUAGAGUUUAUUGUUACUGGCCCUCUCGAUGGACAGGGCUUGCACCUGUGUCUUGCACCUCGGCUCUGGAACAAGAACUUUCAACCAGACAUACAUGAAGAGGACACAGAAUUUACAUGCGCCGACGGGUGCUCUGAGCAACCAUCAAUGGAUUCUGAUAUGGAUUUUGAUGUUCCUGAUUUUGUGCCAUUGACACCAGCAGAUACUACCAACGUUGGGGUGUCUCUCUUCCUGCCAGGGCCAGUGUCUCCUGUUAAUGGGGCAGCACCCUUAUCACCUCUACGCAUGCCUCAGAUUAUGUCCUUCGAUGGUCCUGCUUCCUCUGCAUCGUCCGGUCCAGAUACUGCCACUAAUACCAUCAUGCGUCCCCCUGUUGCUUUGCAACCCCGUCAACAAUCUCCCGCUGCUGCUGUCGCUGCUUGGAGAGGGAGAAUAGCAGCUGCACGAACGACCAUGCAGUCCCUCCUCAGUGACGAUCCAGCUACCAUCACCAUCAGUGCAAAUACUGCAUCAGUUGCAGCCCGAUCGUUUAUUGACGCUAUCAAGAGUUGGUGCCGCCCAGAGGCUUCAAUGACUGACGAGCAGUCAACGGGUGCCACACUUACUGGAUUGACGCCAACAAGCAUUGUCACUGGGGAGUUUGAUGUCUCAAUCGAUGGUGUUGGACAUGGUGUACUUCGCUCUUUCUGGAGCGAGGUCAUCAGAAUGAUUACGGAAGACUCUGGGCAUUGGCAAAGUACCUGCGAUGGGCAUUGGGUACCCAUUGUGACCUCACUACCCCCCUGUGAUGAAGAUAUUGUUUCAUACCAGGCGUAUGGAAUCAUCUUCCGGACUGCGAUGCUUAUGGACCUAGAAAUCCUCCCCGUUUCUCCGAUCAUUGUAUUGUUUCUGCUGAGCGACUACAUCACAGCUACCACUUCAUCAUUCACCGCUGCCAUUGCACCCAUUGGGAGUCAACGUCUUCUUGCGUGGCCACCCCCUCUAGUCACUGAUGCUGCAACAGGCCGGUUAGAACUAUCCAUAGCACCUGCAACAAAUUUGUAUUCCAUGAUUCUGGAAGUUGACGCUUCUGCCCAGAUCACACAGCUGAGGCGUCUUCCUGUACAUGCACAGGCUGAGCUUACCCACCGGUUGCGAUGUCAGGUGUUCUUUGGCAACCAGUUUGCUCGUGGAACACCUGACCACAUUGUAUAUUCAUCAAUGCGUCAGGCAUUCGACUGCCUAAUUGGUGACCGUAUGACAUUACGUGAGCAUUUCAUCACUGAAGAUUCAUCUAGUACGAUUCUUGAGGGAAUGUUUGGUGGCCGCAUUCUUUCCUCACCAGAGCAGGUUAUCCGCCUUCUUGUCAUCAAUGUUACCCCAGUUGGUGGUGUCUUGAAUGAUAUCAUCGCACGAUUCAAACUUCAUCUGGAGCGCUACCUCCGUGGGUGCAGCACUCCUACUCAAAAUGAUGGAUCAGAUCUUUUCGGAGAAGAUGUAGUAAUUGAUCCAUUGUUACGAACUCGACUCUUUCUCCGGUGUGUCACCGGUAUUGAAUUUCCAGACGCAGUGGAGCCAUCAUUGGCGUGAACAUGUGGUGCACCUUGUCACUUAUUCUAGAUUAUUGCAGCCCUUGACAUCUACGAUGACAAGGGAAUCCACAUCCACACAUGCUUCUAUGCAGUGGAUGUGCUGUUGAAUGAGCCAUCUACGCUCAUUGUGAACCAAGAAAUUCUGGCGGACAUGUCCAUUUCCACUGACUUUGACAGGUGGAUUCACUCCUGUAUCAGUGGCAACGCCUUCGAUCACUACAAUACUUCUUAAAUGUUACUCCUUGCACUUUUCUACUCGCACUUCAACAGUUUGAUGGCUCCAAUUGCUGUACUUAACUCGUUCUUAUGCUGUACUAAUCUCUCGCAUCGUUUCAUUUGCAUGCUGCCAAGACCGACCUUCACGUAUCCUGUGACCCAUAGAAUAUCACUACUGCUUUCUUCGUACUGACUUCCG